ACAGGGUGCUUUUUAGCGCCGUGAAGACGAAAAAAAAGAAGCAACUCUAAACUGAAGCACGCGGAGAAAUCGCGAGAAAAAGGCGCGUUGGCAUGGAUGAAGAAAGACGUUUUCCGUUCGUUCACACUUUGAAGUGGCUUCAGUGUCUCUGCGUUGUACUCAGUGGGUUUGUUCGUUAGCCUAAUUUUCAAGCAUGGGAGACGUCUCACCUGAACAGAAAAAGAAGUCUUCAGCAAAGGUUCUAACUACCUUGUUCCCAAGGAUCCCGAAAGUAACUACAGUGCUGCUUGAGUUCUUCAUCAAACGAGAAAGCAAGGUUUCCCUGUUCCGCGACCCCCUGUCACACUUCUGCCAGGAGCAGGUUGUUCUGGCCGCCCAAGACUGCUUGCAAAAGCUGAACCGGCAGGUCAUAACCUUCCAGGACAUCCGCGACAUGAUCGAGAACCUCAUCGGCCUUCACAGCUUGUGCAUGAAACGGGCUCCGGAGACAGCGAAAGAACUGGGUACCACGAUACGUAAGCUGACCAUCAUCAUUGGCGAGUUGGCGACUUCUCUAGAGAAGAUCUGCGAAGUGAGUGUCACCGACUGGAUGGCCAUCGGCGACAGCGUGGUCAGCAAGACCGAAAAGCUUAACCUGGAGAACAUUCCACCUUACACGACCUUCAUACCGAAGAUGAAGGAAUUUAAGCCACAAAAGCUUCUUGGUGCCGGCGGAUUUGGGGCGGUGUACAAAGCGGUGUACACACCGGCCAACUAUAUCUGCACCGUGAAGUUGGUGGCCAUGGACCGGUUCACACGGCACAAGCAGGCCUGCAUAGACAAGGUGGUCGCGUCCGUCAUACGUAGCCCGUUCCUGGUGAAGUACUACUGCUGCUUCUGCGCCAAGGCAAGCACACCCCGCAUUUCACGACUCAUACGUGACCAUGAUGGAGUACAUCUCGGGCGUGGACCUGAUGCGCGUGGUGACCAAGGCUACGUACCUGAAUAUCGACCACGUGCAGAUUGUCAUAGCACAGCUGAUUCUAGCACUGGAGCAUCUUCACCUACGAGGCUUCUUGCAUCGAGACGUGAAGGUAUCCAAAAUUGCAGCAUGCUCAUCGUUCCUGGCGGCCGGGUCAAGCUGAUCGACUUCGACACCAACAAGGUCUGCCUGGGCCACUUUUCAAAACGACUGGUAAAAGGAUACUUUGCCAGGACAGCGUUUGAAUUCCAUGACGGCGAGUCCGCGGGUACGAUCCCGUACAUGGCUCCCGAGAUUCUGAAACGGCGGCCGUACGGUAGGGCCUGCGAUUGGUGGUCAUCAGGCAUCGUAUUUUACAAGUUGAUGACCGGCAGAGUGCCUUUCAGAGGAAGGACAAAGCAGCUUCUACGGGACCGCAUCAUUGGAGCACCACUGAAAUGGCCCAAGACUGAGGAGCACCCGCAUUCCGCAACGCCGGAGGCCAAGGACAUGGUUUUCAAGCUUCUGCGAAAAAACCCGAUAGAGCGACUCGCGUCUCGGCAUUAUCAGGACCUCAAAAACCACCCAUUCUUCAGCGGCUUCAACUGGAAGGCGUUAAGCGCAAACAAAUUUCUCUGCGACAUUCCGGCCAUUGCGGAAGCGAUGGGCGGUGCUAUCACCACUUUGUCCGCCGCCGACGACGGAGGCGGUCGUGAGGGCACCAAGAAGCCGAGGUCGUCCAAACCGCCCUCGAGAGGGGAGUCGCCGCCCGAUAGAAAAGAGGAGCAGCAGCUUUCCGCCGGGGCCACGACUAACACAAAGAAGCGGAAGCUGCAAAAGAUAGAAGACAUGAUCGACAUGGAGCCCGACCUUCAAAAGCCGCUCUACACGUACGCUUCGGCCAGCUUCAAGAAGCUCGUCAUCACGCUGAAAGCAAAAAAGGCCGUCGAAGUGGAUGACAAUUUCAUGAACACGUCAGGAAUGGAAUCCUCUGAAAUUGAUUACAGGAAAGUUUCAGUGGGUGACAGUAUGAUUGGAGCUGGCGCAAUGUCCGGAAUGAGUGAAACACAAACGGCACGGUCAUCAGAGAAGCUCGAUGUCAUUCUUUUUCGGAGAAGGAGCCUUGGAAAGUUCUGGAGCUUCGGUGUUAACCUUGAAAGAGUCAGAGGCGAAGGAGACAAGUUCUAUUAUAUGGUCGAGAGCGUGAAGCGCGGCAGCCCCGCCCAGCGGUCGCAGCUGCUCCAGGGGGACGUGGUGGUAGCUGUCAAUGGAACGUCCAUCGGCAAGAUGCCCCUACCGCAGGUCAAGAAGCUGCUCAACUCGUCCGGCGACCAGGUCAUCAUCACUGUGCUCUCCUCGAGCGCAUUCCGCAUCCUGAACACGAGGAGAGACAUACAGGCCAUCCUCAGCUCGUGUCGUCGAGAAACCAUCGCGCUUCGAGCGGUGCGUGGAGGAUGCACGGGGAGCGGCAACGGUUACGGCUUCAAGACGAUGGAAGUGAAGACGUACAACGAGCAGCAGAAGAGUCACACCAGGUACCACAUUGUGCAGAAAGUGGGCAGCCUGAACGUGAACUCGCCUGGCAAAACCAUCUACCCGGGGGACAUCGUAACACACGUGGACGACAUACCUGUGGAGUCGUUCACGCAGACCAUGAUGAAGACGACGCUGACCAAGACCAAGGCCGAGGUGAAGAUCACCAUCGCGGCCAUCUCGCCGCUGCGCAAGCGGCGGCCUUCGUACACGCGCCUCCACGAGACCGUCAUGACGGACACCAAUGUCGAGACACCUUCGUCAGACGCCUUUGUCAACGAGGGCAAAACAGAAUGACUCUGUCGCGCCCUCACGUCAUCUGUACAUUCUGCUCAUUACACUGUUUAUUACCAUCA